ACUGUGAUUGAAGCAGUUAGGAAUUUGAGGUUACGAAAAGAUAGUUGUGUUCAUCUAGUGCUGGUUGUGGGCGGAAGCUAAUUACCAUUAAAAAAAGAAGAAAAGUAAUGGAUAACACUCAACCUGCAAUGUAUAAUCGUAACAAGAAACGAAAGUCGUCAUUUCUUGUUAUGGCAAAAAAAUUUGCAAAGAAAGGAAAGUUUGGUAAGGGAAGUCAAAUAGAUGAAGAAAAGUAUCAUUAUUUCCUUCGUGUUCGUGAGACGAAUAAAGCCGAAAACUUUCAGACGGAUGGUGAACGAGGUUUGUUCGCAAACAACGUGUUGGUCGAGACGGAAGGCAAGGAAGUAGAGUACUCGAGCAACCAGCUAGCUUCUCGAGUGAUCGAGGAGUUGUUGGACUGGGCCAGUGGCGAUGCCCUGUCCCGCUACAUGCGGGUGUUCGGGGAGGAUCUCAGGCCGGUGUUCUGCGACCAGUUCGCUAGCCACGUCCUGCAGAAGCUGAUUGUGAUAGCAGCUACGGGAGGGACACGAGGGGGCAAGGCGGGCGGCGGCGAGGUCCCUGGGAAGGCCGCCCACCGCGAGUGGCUGCUCAAGGUGGCCAGGUACGCCCUCAACAACCUGGAGGAGUUCGUGCGGGACACGCACGCGAACCAGGUGACGCGUGCCGUGCUGGAGUGCCUGGCGGGCAUGACCCCCCGCUCCACCGCCGACGCCAGGGCCGUGCCGGAGAGCGUCGACGUCCCCCCCGCGCACCGGGAGCUGCUGGAGGAGUUCGGCCGCCGAGUGGAGGCGUGGCCCCGCCUGCCAGAGAUGGUGUACACGGACUUGACCGCUGGCUUCGUCCAGACGCUCUUGCUGGCGCUGAAGGUGAAGAAGCGCAAGCUGGCCCACUCGCUGGUUCGCAAGCUGCUGGACGAGUGUCUGGCGGUGCCGGAGCCUGGCGACGACGCGAAGGGCCCCGGGGACGCGAAGGACGGACCGCCCCUCGAGCCGCAGCGACUGCCCGUGUUCGCGAGCUCAUCAGCGUCCCGGGUGCUGGACGUGGCCAUCAUGGUGGCCUCCAGCAAGCUGCGAACUCAGAUCUACGCCCGGUGCUUCAUAAACAACAUGCUGCCUCUGUCCAAACUGCCCUACAGCAACUUCUGCAUUCAGAGACUAUUGAACUGUCACAAAGUGAAGGAAGAGGUGGAGGCGAUGUACGACGAGCUGGGGCCGAACCUGGGGCAGCUCCUGGGGAGCGGCAAGACGGGCGUGGUGCUGAGCCUGGGACAGGCGUGUCAGCGGCUGGAGACCAGGCAGGGCAGCUUCAUGCAGCAUCUAGCGGAGGCUCUGCAGUGCAAGAACAAGCAAGAGUUUGUGCCGCUGGUGCUGCAGCUCUCCCCCGCAGCGAAGUGGGAAGACACUCCCCCCGUCCACCUGCACGGCUCGCUGCUCGUCCAGACCAUGCUGAGGUUCAACAAGCCGAUCAGCGUGGUGUCGGGCCUGCUGGCGAUGGCACCAGCCCGCCUCAGGGACGUGCUGAGCGACCCCAAGGGCUGCCACAUCACCGACGUGUUCGUCAGCAGCGAGUACGUGGGGGCCAAGAGUCGGGAGAAGCUCGUCGUUGCUCUCGAGUUGACCUGAGCUGUUGAGAGACUUGGAGCACGAGGUCAGGAAGAUUGGCAGCGCUGAGGCUGUGUCCUCCCAGGAGCAGUACGUGAGGCUGGCCUGCAGCAAGCACGGCUCGCGCAGCCUGGACGCCCUCUGGAAGGCGUCCGGCCCGAAGCUGAGGGAGAGGAUAGUGAAGGAGCUGGCGGGGAAGGAGGCGGUGCUGGACGGAGACCGGUACGGCUGCUUCGUCGCCCAGAACCUGGGCGUGGGGCUGUAUCGACGCCAGGAGCGGGCGUGGCGGGAGGCCCAGGCCAAGCAGGUCAACACCAGGCAGCUGUUUGCCGACAUCAUCGGUGGACGCCCGAGCUGAUGCUCAUGUUUUGUAGACUAAAAGGAAAAUAAAAAUUUCUACCACCAA